GUUGUGUACCUUCUCUUCUCUUUUAAAUACUCCGACUCUCUCAGAAACACCUCAAAUUCUAGGGUUUACUCCUUGUUUCACACUUCUUUUCUACGAUGAAGGUAGGUUCAGCCAUUGAUGAAGAUAUAGAGACAGGGAAACUCAUGACUCCAUCAAUGCAAAAUCAAAAUUCCAGCCUUCUUGAUCCGGCGCUGGUACUUACAGCUUCUGAAAAACGGAUUGAUCAGGCUGGAAAGAUGAAAUACGUAAAGCAAGUGGUAGGCAGGUAUAAUGAUACGGAGCUGCAUUUAGCAGCCUAUCGAGGUGAUCUGGCAUCUGUGAAGCAUAUACUUGAUGAAAUCACUUCACAAAUGGUGGGGAAUUUAAGUGGAGGUGAUUUUGAUGCUGAGGUGUCCAAAAUCCGAGCAUCCGUGGUGAAUGAAGUGAAUGAAUUGGGAGAAACAGCACUGUAUACAGCUGCUGAAAAGGGACAUCUUGAGGUUGUGAAAGAGCUUUUGAAGUACUCAGAUAAAGAAACACUUACAAGAAGAAGCCAUUCGAAAUAUGAUCCUUUGCAUGUAGCUGCCCGUCAAGGGCACCAUGCGAUAGUCAAGCUACUACUUGACCAUGACGUAUCCCUAUGCCAAACGAGAUCAAAAGGAAAUGCAACUCCACUUAUUACUGCAGCUUCAAAAGGACACACUGCCGUUGUUCAUGAGCUACUUUCAAAGGACCCGAGCUUGUUAAGUAAUCCUGUACUUAAUGGUAGAAAAGCAUUGCAUCUGGCAGCAAGAUCAGGGCAUGUUGAGAUUGUGAAAAGUUUGCUUGAAAAGAACCCACAACUGGCUCGAAAGACCGACAAAAAGGGUCAAACCGCAUUACAUAUGGCUGUAGAAGGGGCUAGCAGUGAGGUGGUUAAGUUGCUGCUUUGUCUUCUUGAUACGAAUGUCAAUGCUUUGACCAAAGACUACAAAACCGCACUUGACAUAGCCGAAUGGCUUUUCCCAUCAGAACAAUCAGCAGACAUACGUGCCUGCCUGGCCCACCAUGGUGCGGUCCGAGCUAGCGAGCUGAUCCAACCACGAGACGAGUUGAGAAGCACUAUGACCCAAAUCAAAAGCGACGUCAACGCAAUUGGUAAAAAUGUUAGAAAACUCCACCGUCAAGGAAACAACCAAACCAACUCCGUCACCAUGGCAAUGGUGUUAGCUGCCAUUGCCCUUGCUGCUAUGUUUACGGUUCCCGGUGGGUACAACGAUGAUGGGAUGGCGGUAGUGAUCGACUUGACGUCAUUCAAAAUCUUCUAUCUUUUCAACUCGAUGGCUCUUUAUACGUCUUUAGCGGUUGUGGUGAUUCAUAUGACGUUGGGAAUUAGAGGUGAGAAGAAAGCCAAAAAAAGACAAGUGGUUGAGGUUAUUAACAAGUUCCUGUGGUUAGCUUGUGUGUGCACUUCGGUGGCUUUUAUGGCAUCGUCUUAUAUAGUGGUGGGUCGGAAGCAUGAGCGGGUUGCCGUUGCUAUUACUGUGCUUGGUGGGGCUAUAAUGUUGGUGGUGCUUGGAUCGAUUAUGGGCUAUGUGGGUGAAUGGAAGAUACUGCGGUCAUUGGGAAGGUUGGAGAAGACUGCAAAAAAGAUGGACAAAUUCAAGCAAAAACUAGAAGUAUUCAAGUAUGAGAUGAUUUGAGUUAUGCCACUAGUAUCUAUGCCACUGUUUAUGCUACUGUUUCAGAAUAUGUUGCUUUGACUACUUGACUCCUUACUAUGUUAAUGUCUUUUUAACCUUUAAUACUAUGAUUAUGACUUCCUUAGUAUUGUUAUCAA